AUAGGCUUUGACUUGCAAACGGAAUCUCAAAACAAACCACACCAUGUCUUCAACGAAAUCUCUGAGAAUAGGGAUGAUUGGAUUCGGCCCUUUCGCUCAGUUUUUGGCAAAAACUAUGAUAAGGCAAGGCCAUAUUAUUACCGCAACCUCCAGAUCAGAUUACACACACCUCUGCUCUCAACUGGGCAUCUCAUUUUUCAGAGAUGCAAGUGCAUUCCUUGAAUCCGGCAACGAUGUUAUACUGCUCACCACAUCAAUUCUGUCUCUCUCUCAAGUAAUCAAGGCCUUGCCUUUAGAAAGCUUGAAACAACCAACCCUCUUCGUUGAUGUUCUCUCCGUUAAAGAACACCCCAGAGAUCUCAUGCUCCAAGUAUUGCCCCAUGAUUCGGAUGUGUUGUGCACGCAUCCGAUGUUUGGCCCGGAGAGUGGCAAAGAUGGGUGGAAAGAUCUUCCUUUAAUGUUUGACAAGGUCCGGAUAAGGAACGAGGCUGCUUGUUCUGAUUUUCUGCAGGUUUUUGCAACUGAGGGUUGCAAGAUGAUGGAGAUGAGUUGUGAAGAGCAUGAUGAGUUCUCUGCUAGAAGUCAAUUCCUCACCCACACCGUUGGCAGGGUAUUGGCAGAAAUGGAGGUCGAGCCGACACCCAUCGAUACCAAGGGGUUUCAGAAGCUAGUUCAAGUGAAGGAGAGUACGUCCAGAGAUAGUUUCGACCUCUUCAGUGGCCUGUUCGUUCAUAACAGAUUCGCCCAACAACAGCUGAGGAACUUAGAGCUUGCACUUGCUUCAAUAAAGCAAAGGCUGGAGAGUAGGAGCGAAGAGCUGGAACAAAGCUGACUUACUAGUUUGAUCCAUGUAUUCAACGAAUAUUUCGACUCAUGUGUAUCUGAAAUUAUUCAAAGCAACCAAAACUGGUAGAUAUCAAGUGAAAUGCUUCAUGGGAGCUUAUUUCAACAAGUUAUGUUACAAUAGUUUUA